AUGGGUCGAAAAGUAACUAUUGCUGCUUCGACAUUAAAUCAGUGGGCUUUGGAUUUUGAAGGAAACAGAGAUAGAAUAUUGCAAUCAAUUUUGGAGGCUAAAGAAUUGGGUGCUACUUUUCGAACUGGCCCUGAACUUGAAAUUUGUGGUUACAGUUGUGAAGAUCACUUUUAUGAAAGUGAUACGUUUUUACAUUCAUGGGAGGUUUUAGCAGAGUUGUUAACUGCUCAGCUAUGUAAAGAUAUUUUGAUAGACGUAGGAAUGCCAGUGAUGCAUAGAAAUGUUGCUUAUAACUGCAGAGUAGUAUUCCUAAAUAAAAAAAUUCUUCUUAUACGACCUAAAAGAAUACUUUGCGAUAGUGGUAAUUACAGGGAAAGUAGAUGGUUUUCCAGUUGGAAAAAGGAUAGGGAAACUGAAGAUUUCCAUUUACCCAGGAUGAUUUCUAACAUUACAGGUCAAAAAUUAGUUCCUUUCGGGGAUGCUGUAAUAUCCACUCUGGAUACUUGUAUAGGCUUUGAAAUUUGUGAAGAAUUAUGGUGCGCUCAAAGCACUCAUGUGCCUCUAGCUCUAGAUGGUGUUGAAAUUAUUUGUAACGGAUCUGGAAGUCACAGUGAAUUAAGAAAAGGUUAUGUGAUAGUAGACUUAGUGAAAAACGCAACUAUGAAAUGUGGUGGUUGUUACAUUUUCAGUAACUUGCGGGGCUGUGACGGCCAAAGAGUAUAUUUCGAUGGAGUUUCAUCGAUAACUUUAAAUGGUCAUAUUUUAAGCAGAGCAAAACAAUUUGCAUUAGAAGAAGUUGAAGUAAUCACAGCUACAAUCGAUUUAGAAGAUAUUCGGUCUUAUAGAAAUAUGAUGCGUUCUAAUGCAAAUUUAGCUUCAUCUGGUCCAGGGUAUCCCAGGAUUCUAGUUGACUAUUCCCUUUCGCCAGAAAACGAUACAACUCUUCCUACGGCACAACCACUCAAUUGGACGUUUCUAUCUGCUGAAGAAGAAAUAGCACAAGGUCCAGCCUGUUGGUUGUGGGAUUAUCUUAGACGAUCUGGUCAAGGAGGAUUUUUUUUGCCACUUAGUGGAGGAAUAGACUCUUCAAGCACAGCACUAAUAGUUUAUUCAAUGUGCAAACUAAUUAUGGACACCAUACAACAAGGUGGAGAUCCAAAAGUUUUGACGGACCUCAGGAGAAUAACAGGUGAUCAGGAAUAUCUACCGAAAAGUGCCUCAGAAUUAUGUAACAGGUUCUUGGUCACAUGUUAUAUGGGAACUGAGAACUCUUCCAAAGAAACCAAACAAAGAGCCUCUGCAUUGGCAGCAGCAAUAGGAAGUUAUCACAUGAAUAUAGUAAUCGAUAAGGCAAUAAGUGCAGUUUUGGAAAUAUUCAGCACAGUAACUGGGCUUUUCCCGAAGUUUGCAGUAAAUGGCGGUUGCCCGAGACAAAAUCUAGCGCUUCAAAAUAUACAGGCUAGGGUCCGAAUGGUACUAUCCUAUUUAUUUGCCCAAUUAAUGCUUUGGGCUAGAGGAAGGCCUGGCGGGUUACUUGUUUUGGGAUCGGCCAAUGUGGAUGAAGCUCUUAGAGGCUAUAUGACCAAGUAUGAUUGUUCAAGUGCCGAUAUUAACCCUAUUGGUGGGAUAUCGAAGACCGAUCUUCGGAGAUUUAUGGUAUUCGCUAAAGACAAAUUCAACUUGCCCAUUAUUGGAGAUAUAAUUGAUGCUCCACCUACCGCUGAAUUAGAACCGUUAAAGCAAGGCGCACUGACUCAAACCGAUGAAGAAGACAUGGGUAUGACUUAUGCAGAAUUGAGUCAGUUUGGGAGACUCAGGAAGAUAGACAGCUGUGGACCGUAUUCAAUGUAUUGUAAAUUAGUACAUACAUGGUCGAAUUCAUGUACACCUAAAGAAGUUGCAGAUAAAGUAAAGCACUUUUUCAGAUGUUAUGCGAUUAAUAGACAUAAGAUGACCGUGUUAACACCAUCAUAUCAUGCCGAAUCCUAUAGUCCCGAUGAUAAUAGAUUUGACCUACGUCCAUUUUUAUAUAGGGCCAAUUGGUCAUGGCAGUUUAGAGCAAUCGACAAACAGGUUGAAUAUAUCACUAAUACAAAAAGAAGUGGGACAAAUUUACCAAUCGAACCCAACAAAAAAUCAAAUACAAAUAAUUCUAAAUUACGUUCAGGGGUAACCGUUUAGAAACAUUUUUUGACGACAUUGAUAAAAUAUUCUGGUAUAAUUAAAUUGGUUGAUUAGAUAUUAGUAGGGAUACGUAAUUUUCGCAAAAAAAAACAAUCAAAUUCCCCAAAAACAAAUAUCCAAAUUUUCGCAUUUAUUUGCUAAAACCAAAAACAAAUCAUCAAGUUAGCAACAGGAUAAUAAAAGUAAAAUAAAAGAAAUUCUCACUUUAAAAAAAUAUUGGCAGAAUAUUUUUAAAUUUAACUUAAUUAUAUGUGUAUCAGAUAGUCUUACUGUUAGUUGAAAGUCAACAUUGCUGUCCUUUCUACAUUUUCUUCCAACAGCUUGGUCCUUCUGUCCGUGAUAACAAUGUUGUGAAUAUUGAAAAAUUGCUCCGCAUCAACACUAUUACUUACAUGACUCCAUAAUUUAGAUGAAUAUAUUUAGGUGCCCAUAAAGCUUGAAGAACAACAGGAGUGUUUUUUUUUAUCUUCUGCAGCUUCAAGAGUUAUGAAUGAAUGUGAUUAUAUCCAUCAACAAACUCAUCUCGCAGGAUAUUAAAAAAAACGGAUUUUUGGAAAAACGACUACGAAAUCUUUCCUAAGUGACUCUGAGUCAAUAAUAGAUGGACAAAAUGGUGUACCAAUGUAUUAGUAGGCGUCGUUCAUUUCAUUAGAUUUCAUGUGAACAAUUAAUUUAUUCAAGCUCUCAGAUUUUAUCAGAAUAUCAUCGCUUCGCAUUUGUUUCUAUAUUUCACAUUUUUUUCGUAAUUUCGCAUUUAUUCGCAGUUAUUUCGUAAAUGCGAAAAUUACGUAUCCCUAGAUAUUAGUUCUCUCAAAUAUGUAUUUAAGGGCCUAUAGUUCCAGAAAUGCAAAAAUAUGUGGUUACGAACCAUAUAAUCAUACGAUUUAUUUUUAAAAACGGCUUGCCUUUUAACUUUAGAAUUACUAGUAGUAAGCGCACACUCAUAUUAUUGCAUGUCAAAAUCAUUUCUUAGGGUACAAAUAUGCCGGAGCAGCGUUUCAUGUAUUAAGCGUCACUUCAAAUCACGAUUCGUUAGUUAUAAAACAGAUCAUUACAUCCAAGUAGCGGUGGAUGAAAAACACUGUUCCAACAUAUUUAUACCCUUCCACCUCAAUUUUUUUUUUACAUUUAUUUAUUUUUUAAAUAUUUUUUAUUACAAAUGUUUACUUAAGUUUUACUCGUAUUUAUAUUCUUACAUAUCAGUGCUUGUUUUAAAAUGCAGUGAUUCUUACAUCAGUUGAGCAGCAAGGUAGCACAAUGCAGCAAAAUUGAAUGUUUGUAAUAUUCCAUUUGAAAGUUAAACAAACUUUUAAAGUGCCUGUGCUGAUAUGUAAGAAAUGGCCUAUGCCUUUUACAAUAUAAAAAGUGUACAUUUACUGAAAAUGUCUAUUUAUAAUAAAUUAUUCCAUAUUCCAUUUUUAAUAAAAUAAAUAUUUGCUUUAAAAUAUAUGGACAAUGUAAAACUAGAGAUUAUUUGACUCAAGAUAAGUAAGUUUAGACUAAUAAAUGAAAAUAAUAAAUACGAAUGAUUUUUUUAGGCAUUAAUUUUUGUAAAAAUUGUAUUAGCGGUACAUAUUGGAAAUAAAGUCGUAUUAUUAGA